AUGCUGUUGCUGGGCAGCGCAUGCUCCCAUUGCGUGGGCGCAUUUGACGUCACUAGGACGAAGGACACCAUAACACAAGCGUCAGAAACAAAACACAGUUCAAACAGAAAAGGUUAAGCUGCAAUUAUAAAAAAUGAAAUUAACAUUGCGACGUUAUUCUUGGCUUUUGGUUUUUCAACUUGCCCUGUUGCUUGCGGAUUUAUUCUUCAAUGCCUUCGGCUCCUGGUUAGCGCGGGAUAAGCUCCAAACUGCAAUAUUCUUUUUCGUUGUUCAGGAUUCGUUUAUCAUCAUAGAGUAUCUGUUAUUUACGUUGUCGCUGCAUUCAACUUGUGUCUAUCAAGUGGGCGCCUCUCACAUUAUCUUGCGCAAUUGUAAACUAUUUCUGUUCAGCAUAACGAUCUAUUUCCUGCUGUCCGCCUCGCAGCACUCCUGGAUUGUUUACCAGUAUCGAUUGUCCCCGUCGGAAUCGACUCAACAAUGGCCUUUGGCCCUAUAUGCCUUGGCCGUAUUUCAGCGCUUGAUGUCAGUUUUGUAUUAUUACACUUCAAAGUCAACUGCGCUGAUCAUGGCUGAUCCACGCUAUAAGGAGGAGCAUCUUGAUUGGAUAGCCGAACAAUUGGGUGACAAAUAAAGCGAAAGGCUCAUUUAAUGGGAAUGAAUGUAUAUAUUAUUAUUAGCUAGGCAGAGUCCGUCUUUAAUAUAUAAAUUAAAAGCUCAAAAUACUGUUAUUAAAUGUACAUAAAUAUACAUACACAACACAAAUAUAAUUAAUGAUAUUUGUGAAUCAAAAGUAACAAUCUUUUUAUCAUCAAAAGAGGAACAUGGGAUUAAAAUUAUUGUGAAUUGUUUUAUUGCUUACUUAUGUUUGCCUGGCAUUUCAUUGCUCUAUUAUCCCCAGUUUUAUACUUUAAACAAACAAGCUUGCUAGACUGUCAUUCCAGUCAUAAAAUAAUUUUUAAUUUGGAUAAUUUUAUUCUUAAAAUCCUAGUUUUAUUCGUAACAUUAUAUUGUAAAUUCUGUUAUAUUUGUAUCUUUAUAUUAUUGCAACUCUUACAACGAUUCCUAUCUAACAAUAUAGAAACAUAUACAAAUUGAAAGUGGUUAUGUAUUAUAAUUUAUAAAUAUUUACAAAAGUUGUUCAGA